CUCUCUUAAACGGCUCGAGCCUUUUGUCCUCCUCUCCAAUUUCCCCAUCCUUCCCUUUGAAUCAGAAACCCUAGCUUCAGAAGGCCGGGAUGGCCGCAUCCGCUACCGCCGAUGGGACUUCUCCGGCGCCCACCUUGACGGAGGGAGAAACCCAAGCAGCGGAGCAUGUUGGGAGAGGGCGAGGAGAGGGCGAGGAGAUCCAUGUGGGGGUGGCGGCUGCAAUUGAGGAGGAUGGUGAGGUGGAGCCUGUGGAGGAUCCUGACGAGCAGGCGGAAGAUGAGGAGGAAGUGGAAGGGGAUGCAGGGGAGGUAGAGGCUGGGGAUGUGAUGGGGGCAUCGUUGAUGGAGCCCCUGGUGGCGUUGAAGCCUGGGGAGGAGGACGAACCCGAAGAGCUGGAGGGGGCGAAGGAAGAGCUGGAUGAGGAAUCCGAUGAGACUACGCCUUCGGAAGAGGAGCCCGAGGAGGUGGAAGAGGGCAAGGAGGAAUGCGACGAUAUUGAGGAGAAAGGCCUGUUGGAUCGAUCUGCGGCGAACGAUGCGAAUGAAGUAUCCAAACAGGAACAUGGUAAAUGUGGCGGCACAAAUAAGGAUAAAGUUGCUGAUCGAUUCAUGAAAGUCAGUUAUAGCUGUGGAAGCAAAAGAAAUGAUGCGCAGAACUCUGAACUUGCUGGAGGUCUUGAAAUACUUGUUGACCAAUUGCCUAAAGAUUGUGUUGAGGAAGACAUUGCAAUGGUUUUUUCUCAAUGCGGGGAUGUUAAAUCUGUUAGGAUAAUUAAAAAUUCAUCAUCCAAAAAGAACAAUGAUAUUGCAUUUGUCUGUUAUGCAAGCAUUGAAGCUGCAAAGAAAGCUCUUGUUGAAUUUAAGGAGGGAAUUGAGGUUAAAGGAGGAAAGGUCAGGGUAUCUUCUUGUCAAGAUAAUAAUGUCCUUUACCUGGGAAACAUAUGUAAGGGCUGGACCAAAGAUCAGGUGCUGACCACCUUAAAAAGUAUAGGGAUUCAAGACUGCGAGAUAAAUUUUCCCACUUCCAAGAGAAGAGGCAGAGGGUUUGCUUUUCUUAAAUUUGCCUCACAUUACUAUGCCAGAGCAGCAUUUCAACAGUUAAUUAAAACAGAUGCUAUUUUUGGCACUGAUAGAAGUGCUAAAGUAUCAUUUUGUCAAACCCAUGUAAAACCAAGUGAGAAUCUUAUAGAGGCUAAAAAAGUAUACCUGGAAUGUAUCCCUCUUUCUUGGGAUGAAGAUAAAAUUAAAGAAUGCUGUCAACAAUACGGGAAGAUUCUGAAAGUUGACCUUCUCCAGAUAUCAAAGAACAUAAAAAUUGAAACCUUUUCUUUUGUUGAAUUCUCCUCCAGCAUGAGUGCAUUAGCUUGUGUGGAAGGAAUAAACAAUGCUAAUAUUGUCGAUGGAGGCUUCAAGUUGUCUGCGUGUCUUGUUCGACCUAAAAGUAGUUUAAAGGCCAGUAGUGGUGAAACAUCAGAAGGUGCUACUACAUCUAAGAAGGAUAAAGCCCACACAGGGAGGGUUGUUGUAGACAAGGAUUCACCACAUAAAUUGCCAAAAGGCAAAAAGAAGCUUACCACUCUCACAAAGGAGAUCAUUGUGAAGAUGAAUUCACCAAGUGAAUUACCAAAUGAUUCUGAUGUAAAGCUAACCUCACAUGGUGCUGCAGAAGUACUGCAAACAUCCAAUCCUUCUGAAUGGAAGAGGAAAGUUGGGAAUUACAAAAAUGCCUCUGUAAACCAAAAACCAUCACAGAAAGCGGAAAAUGAUAGUAAUGUUGAUGAGAGCCAGGGAACCUAUCAACGUGCUGCAGUAUUGAAAACAUCUAACAGUUCCAGAAGAAAAAGGAAAGCUGGCAAGAACAAAAAUAUCUAUAUAAAUGAAAGAUCACUGAAGAGAGCACAUAACAAUAGUAAUAUGGAUGGAAGUUCGAGAUCUAAAGCAUAUGCCUCUGAUCUGGCACCUCAUGCUGGAUUCAUCCCUCCUGCAAGUCAAGUUCACAGCACCCAUGCAUAUGAUCGGCAAAGGAGAUCGGAGAAGGCAGCAGUACGGAGGCUGUAAUACAUAAGAGUUGCUUUUGGGGAUGCUGCAAUUGAUGCGAGAGUUGAGGACCUCCCGGUGGAGGAAUGGAGGUGUGGCUGGCGUUGGAAAAGAGCAUGCCAUGGCAGCUCAGUCUGUUAUCCCAAGGGAAACCAAGAGUACCAGAGAGAUGAGGACUGUACGUCUGUACCACAUAUCCUAUGAACCAUGAUUCUGGUAACAACGAACAAACCAACAUGACAUCGUUGUGAGAUUGUGAGCCUGUUGCAAUAGCGCGCCUAUGGUUACUGUUCACAAUAUUCAUUGCGAGUGAACUCCAUGGGAGAUUCUUCCAGGUCCAUAUGUAUACGCAAAACUUUUACCAUACAAAAUAAAAACGAAAUUUAAAUUUUGUAUACCCACCUAUAGCUUAUUUGUUACUAUACUUGCAAAAAAACUUAUUUGUUACUAUGUGGCCCGCUUUGGGAAAAUUUAUGACUUUGUCCCUAUUCAGACCAUGACCUUUAU